CACCUGUCAUAUGACUGCACAUGCGCACCACUGUCAUAAUCUGUCUGAAGGAAUUUCGGAAAGAGUUUGGACCAGCACGGGAAAUAAACACUUUCUAAACACUUAGACCGAUCGAUCCUCAGUCUUAUCCUUCUCCUGCCCUGGAAUCAACCUCAACCCCAGAGCGUAGAGCUUAAGGCCACAGGAGGGGCAGCAAACUUGGACACCAGCAAGAUGGCAGACAUGUCAGUGGAGGACAUCACGAUGAGAGCCAACCAAGUUACAGAUGAGUCACUUGAAAGCACUAGGCGGAUGCUACAGAUGGCAGAGGAGAGCCGGGAGACGGGGGUCAAAACAAUGACCAUGCUGGAUGAGCAGGGAGAGCAACUUAAGGGAGUUGAUCAAGGAAUGGAUCAGAUCAAUCAGGACAUGAGGCAGGCUGAGAAGAACCUGACUGAUCUGUCCAAAUGCUGUGGCCUGUGUGUGUGCCCAUGUGACAGAGUGACUUCCAUUGAGCAUGAUGGGAGAUAUAAGCGGACUUGGGGCACAGGCAGUGACAACGCCAGCAUGCAGGGAAAAGAGGGCGGUGUGGUAUCCAGCCAACCGCCCGCCGUUCGCAAUGGGCAGGCUGUUUCAGGUGGAUCAGCAGGCGCCUCUGGCCCCUACGUCAAGAGAGUAACGAAUGAUGCACGAGAAGAUGAGAUGGAGGAGAAUCUGGAACAGGUGGGCGGCAUCAUCGGGAAUCUCAAGAAUCUGGCCUUGGACAUGGGCAAUGAGAUCGAAAAACAGAACAAGACCAUUGACCGCAUAACUGAUAAGGCUGAUAUGAAUAAAGCUCGCAUUGAUGAAGCCAACCAACGAGCCAACAAACUUCUGUAGAGAAUGGACACUUCCAGCAUCUUUCAGGAGCCUGAUUGUUUGAUCUUACCACACACUUACACAAACUUUCUGCUUCACAGCAAUGAAUUGCAGCAAGUGAGUUUUUUUUUUCAAUGCCAUCUGUGCCUUUUAUUGCAGUCUUUGUUCUAUUGUAAGUAGGUCGACACAUGCACACAAACAUAUUAGAGCCUCCUGUACAAUCCAGUCUUCACCCUUAAUAUGUGGGACAAAUAUGCUGGACGCACAGAGUGCAGUUGUUUUUGCGGCUUUGCUCACUGCUGUCCUGUCAGUCUGUAAUGGAUGGGAGUCAAUCUCUCGGGAUGGUGAUGGGUUUUGUCCGUCCCUCUCUCUGGACUUGAGUCAACAUGGCCAAUUCUUUCACUAAUCUGAAUGAGGGGCCAAAGACUUAUGACAGAACCUUCAAUGUACCUGUAUGCUGCCCUUAUAGCCGUUUAUGUAUGUUUGGGCGGAUUGGAUGUUUGAUUUGUAUGUAAUUUUUUUCUGAUUCUGUUACUGAUUAUACUCCUAUUUAAUUAUCUUAAGACAUUAAUAGGCCUUGUGAAUACAGUUGGUCCUGUUCAAUGUUUUGGGUAAAAUUUAUGGUAGUGUCGUUUUUUAAUUUACCAUGCUAUAUAGGAAUAGGACAUUUCACUAUAUCUAUUUUAAUUCUAAUAAAGCCAGUAUAAUCCU